CCAUUCCAGCCUCCCGCCUCCCAGACUCCCUCCCUCAUCCCAAUCCCUUUCUGAACCCAACCGGUCGAGCGGCAAGUCGCAGUUCAUAGAAGUCGCGUCGCACCGAAGGUUUAUUUUUUUAAAAGUGUUCCGCAGCGGGGAUAUUUCACGAUGAAGACUCCAAAAUCAGCAAAGAAGGCAGCGAAAGCUGAAGCAUUAGUAGCAGUCGAGACCCCAGUUAAAACGAAGACUCCCAAAAAGGCCAAAACCCCCAAGGCUGCUGUUGAGACUCCCAAAACCCCAAAGGCAGCAGAAGCUCCCAAAACCCCAAAGGCAGAAGCAGUUUCUAAAACCCCAAAGACAGAGGCAGCCACCCCCAAAACUCCUGAGAAAAUGGAGGUGUCAGACAAUGGACCAAAGGUCAACGGCGGCUCAAAGCACGAGGGCUUUGGUGGAUUUAGGCGUGGGGGCUUCAGAGGGGGUCGGGGUCGUGGAGGUUUUAGGGGAGGCAGAAUGGCUGGGGUUAAAAGAGACGUCAACGCCAAAGCUGUGUUCGUGCGUUUCGAGGAUGGAAUCACAUGUGACGUUGCACAGGCAUUGUUAGACCAGUUUAAGGAUAAUGAAGCAGUCAGCUUUGGGAGGGGAUUCAUUGUCCACUUUGCAAGUUUGGAUGCAGCAGCAGAAUUGAAAGAAAAGGCCAUGACCAUGGAGUUCGGUGGAGCCAAGCCAAAAAAAACAGAAUAUGCAUAUGAACGUGUUGAACGGACAGAGAAGAGACCGAUAGCAGGAGGAGCAGAGUCGUCAGCAAAAAAACAGAAAGUUGGAGAGGAGGGCGAUGAUGAUGAGGAGGAGGAGGAGGAGGAGGAGGAAGAAGAAGAGGAAGAGGAGGAGGAGGGAGAGGAAGAAGAGGAGGAGGAGGAUGACGAUGAUGAUGACGACGAAGAGGAGGGGAAAGGAUGAUGACGAGUAGAUCUUCUGUCACAGUUUGUGUAUGUGCUGUUGUGCGAGUCUGUGUCUGUGAUAUUCCACGCUAUGAAAGAGGUGUCUGCGACAAAUUAUAACUAGUUUGUUUUU